UGACAGUUCCCAACCACUCAAUCCGCUGAGUGACUCAUCGCAAAGGAGCUCAAAAGCACUCACAUUCUGGCUGUCAUGUGAUAUUUUUCUCACUUGCCAGUCAAUCGAUUUUGGAAGUCACCAGCAAAUAUGGGGGCCUCCGCACUACCCAUUAUCAUUUUCUCGGCUAUUUUUGGCGUGAUUGGCAUUGUUCUGCCGAUCAUUGCCCCCAAAGGUCCCAAUAGAGGAAUUGUCCAGUGCGUAUUGAUUCUGACCGCGGCCACCUGCUGGUUGUUCUGGCUCUGCUGCUACAUGGCCCAGAUGAACCCUCUUAUCGGUCCUAAAUUACACCAGAAUACGAUUCUUAUUAUGGCUCGCGAAUGGGGCAAUCCGCUUCCUGACAUGGACGGCUGGACUCCCGAGCACACAGAUCAUUAGGUUGGAUCCGGGAUUCCCGUAUAGUAGACAAACGGGAAUACUGGCCAACAAGCAUGAAACACAAUAUAUUUGAUUCCAUUGAAAUAUAAAAAUUAGGUAAGAUCGAAUCCUCUUAUUUACUUCGGUGACGCAUGGCCAUCAUUCGGGAAAAGAUCACCCGCUGCCAAAUGUAUUAUUCUCAUUUGGCACCAUAGAUGGCUGUGUAUGUUUUAAUGUUAAGAAAAUUCCUCUCGCGACACAAAACGUAAUAUUUCAUUCGAUGAAGAAGGCACAUUUUUCAACGAAUGCUACAUAUAUUAUGCAGCAAAUAUUAUAAUAGCUACAUAAAACCAUAUGCUCAUAUACGCAAAUCAUAGAAUGUAAUACAAUUUUCUUAUACCAUUAUGCAAAAUCUAAGAUAAUAGUAAUCACAAAUAUGAUAUACUAUUUACCAGCCAAACAUGUAUUAGCUAUAUUAGAGCUCACACAUAACUAUGGUAAAAUUAUUAAUCACGAUACAUGUAUGUUGCAUACCCAGAAGUAAAUGAAAUAAAAUUAUUCGGUAGAAAUCAUAUUUUAAACUAAA